CCGCGCAAGUCACAUCCAGCCAUGGCGUGCGUCACCGUCAAGGAUGUGCCCGCUGAUCAGCUGAUCGCUGCCUACGCGGCGCUGCUCAAGCGUCAGGGCAAGAUCCCCGUGCCCAGCUGGGUCGACCUCGUCAAGACCAGCACCGCCAAGGAGCUGGCUCCCUACAACGACGAUUGGUUCUACGUUCGCUGCGCCGCCCUUGCCCGUCACUUGUACGUCCGCGGUGGUGUCGGUAUUGGUGCCCUCCGCCGUGUGUACGGUGGCUCCAAGCCCCGUGGCAACCGCCCCAGCAGGUUUGAGCGUGCCUCCGGCUCGAUCAUCCGCAAGGCCCUUCAGGGCCUCGAGGCUAUCAAGGUCGUUGAGAAGGCCGAGGAUGGUGGCCGCAAGCUGACCCGCACUGGCCAGCGUGAUCUGGACCGUAUCGCCCAGGACGUUGCCGGCGCGUUCGAGGCCGAAGAAUAAAUGGAUAAAAGGCGGCGUCUUCAAAUCGAUGGCGUCUACUUCUCUCUGUUCGCCAUCGUGUCUUGCCCUUUCUCUCGCUCCAUAGCCUCUGACUUCUCUUUCACUCCAUGACAAUGCUGAAUCCACAUUCUUGACACUGAA